CUCAGUCCAGUCCACUGCAAAAUCGCGCAGCUAGUCUAUUCAGCCACUUCCCCCCCUUUCCAUUUCCAUUUCCAUUUCCCAUGCCAACUCUCCAAUGAAUCCACCCCAAAUGAAAAACCUCACUCUCCUUCUCCUCCUCCUCUUCUCUCUUCACCUCACCUCAGUCCUCUCAUGGAAAAAAGACGAGUUCCGUAACUGCAACCAAACCCCUUUCUGCAAACGCGCCCGCUCCCGCAAACCCGCCCCCUCCUCCCUCAUCGCCACCGACGUCUCCAUCUCCGAUGGCGACCUCGUCGCCAAGAUCACUAACCGUCGCGACGAUCAAAUCAAGCCGUUGAUUCUCUCCCUCUCCGCCUAUCAAGACGGGAUCCUACGGCUCAAAAUCGACGAAGACCCUUCUUCGAUCCCACCCCCACCGAAGAAGCGCUUCGAAGUCCCGAACGUCGUCGUUCCCGAAUUCACAAGCAAGAAGCUCUGGCUCCAAAACCUUGAUACCAAGACUCUAGACGGAGAUUCAUCUCCGUCCUCGAUUGUUUACCUGAAUGAGGAAUACGACGCCGUUCUCCGCCACGAACCGUUCGAGAUUUACGUCCGCGACAAAUCCAGUGGCAAACGCGUAAUUUCCCUCAACUCCCAUGGCUUGUUCGAUUUCGAGCAGCUGAAGCACAAAAAACCGAAAAGCGAUCAAGAAGAAGAAAAGCACGAUCAUGACCAAUACCAAGACGACGAUCAAGACCAAGACCAAGUCCAAGUCAAGGAAGAGAAAGACGAAGAUGAGGAUUGGGCUGAGACGUUUCGAGGUCACACCGACUCGAGGCCGUACGGUCCACAGUCGAUCAGCUUCGACGUGUCGUUUUACGGCGCCGAUUUCGUCUACGGCAUACCCGAACACGCUACCAGCUUCGCUCUCAAGCCGACCCGAGGCCCCGGGCUCGAAGACCACUCCGAACCCUACCGUCUCUUCAAUCUCGACGUGUUCGAAUACGUAAACGAGGCUCCUUUCGGCCUCUACGGCUCGAUUCCCUUCAUGAUCUCGCACGGCAAGUCUCACGGAACUUCUGGAUUCUUCUGGCUGAACGCGGCGGAGAUGCAGAUCGAUGUGUUGACUGCGGGUUGGGACGCGGAUUCCGGGAUCUCAUUGCCGUCGGAUAGGUCUAGAAUCGACACAUUGUGGAUGAGCGAGGCUGGGAUUGUUGACGCGUUCUUCUUCGUCGGUCCAAAGCCUAAAGACGUGGUUAGACAGUACACUAGUGUGACUGGCACGCCUGCGAUGCCUCAAUUGUUCGCCACGGCUUAUCAUCAAUGCAGGUGGAAUUAUAGGGAUGAGGAGGAUGUGGAGAAUGUGGACGCCAAAUUCGAUGAAAACAACAUUCCUUAUGAUGUAUUGUGGCUUGAUAUCGAGCAUACGGAUGGGAAGAGGUAUUUUACUUGGGAUAGAGUGAUGUUCCCACACCCGGAAGAGAUGCAAAACAAGCUGGCCGCGAAGGGAAGGCAUAUGGUUACCAUUGUGGAUCCUCAUACUAAGAGAGACGAUGGGUAUUUUUUGCACAAGGAGGCGACUCAAAAGGGGUACUAUGUGAAGGAUGCGAAUGGGAAUGAUUUCGAUGGUUGGUGCUGGCCUGGUUCCUCGUCUUACCCUGAUACUUUGAACCCGGAGAUUAGGUCGUGGUGGGCUGACAGAUUCUCUUAUGAAAAUUAUGUUGGAUCCACGCCUUCGCUGUAUAUUUGGAAUGACAUGAAUGAGCCUUCUGUGUUUAAUGGUCCUGAGUUGACAAUGCCAAGAGAUGCUUUACAUUAUGGAGGUGUGGAGCACAGGGAAUUACAUAAUGUCUAUGGGUACUACUUCCACAUGGCAACAGCUGAUGGGCUUCAAAAACGUGGAAAUGGGAAGGAUAGGCCUUUUGUUUUGUCAAGAGCUAUAUUUGCUGGAAGUCAAAGGUAUGGAGCAAUUUGGACGGGAGAUAACACAGCGGAAUGGGAGCAUCUCAGGGUUUCAGUCCCAAUGAUUUUGUCACUUGGUCUUACUGGAAUUUCGUUCUCUGGUGCGGAUGUUGGUGGGUUUUUUGGUAAUCCAGAGCCUGAGUUAUUAGUUCGCUGGUAUCAAGUUGGUGCUUUCUAUCCUUUCUUUAGAGCCCAUGCCCAUCAUGACACAAAAAGACGUGAACCAUGGUUAUUUGGAGAGCGAAAUACAGAACUUAUAAGAGAUGCCAUUCAUGUCCGUUACAUGUUGCUGCCAUAUUUCUACACACUAUUCAGAGAGGCAAACACUAGUGGUGUUCCUGUUGUGCGACCAUUGUGGAUGGAAUUCCCUUCUGAGGAAGCUACUUUCAACAAUGAUGAGGCUUUCAUGGUUGGAAACAGUAUUCUGGUGCAAGGGAUUUAUACCGAGCGUGCUAAACAUGCAUCAGUGUAUUUACCUGGGAAACAAUCUUGGUAUGACCUGAGAACUGGAACUACUUAUAAGGGAAGCACGACCUACAAGCUGGAUAUCUCAGAAGACAGUAUCCCUGCCUUCCAAAGGGCAGGAACAAUCAUACCAAGAAAAGACCGGUUUAGGCGAAGCUCCACGCAGAUGGUGAACGAUCCUUACACUCUGGUGAUAGCUCUUAAUAGUUCCCAAGCAGCUGAGGGUGAACUCUAUGUUGACGAUGGCAAAAGCUUUGAUUUUAAGCACGGGGCCUACAUUCAUCGUCGCUUUGUGUUUGCAGAUGGCAAACUGACAUCUGUAAACCUGGCACCCACUUCCCCAGGUAAUUCCCAAUUUUCAACAUCAUCUGUUGUUGAGAGGAUUAUCCUGCUAGGAAAUGCUUCUAGACCAAAGAGCGCUCAUAUUGAGUCAACAAAUCUAAAUGUUGACAUUGAACUGGGGCCACUCUGGCUUCAACGGGGACGUGGCUCAGCUGUUGUAACUAUCCGCAAGCCAGGUGUCCAGAUUGCAGAUGAUUGGACCAUAAAAAUUUUGUGAGAACCUUUGAGUUCAGGACUUUCUUGCGGGAGGAAAAAUCUCUUUGUUGCCAGUAGUAGGAUAUCGUUGUCAGCUGUGAAGUUAGAUUUAUUUCCACCAUUUUGACUUUUUGAGUGAACAUGGAGAAAUCUAAAACUCAAAAUUAUGUUUGAAGGUGAAAUGUUAGUUACAUGAUACACAUUAACAGAA